CCAGAGCGGCAGCGCCAGCGGCGGGGACGGGAGCGCGGAGCCGCAGCGCACGGACGGGCCGCCAUGGCCGCAGCGCGCCCGGUGCUGCUACUGCUGCUGGUCGGCGCCUGCCGGGCGCUGGAAGAAACCCUGAUGGACACUAAGUGGGUGACAUCCGAGUUGGCGUGGACGGCUCAUCCGGAGACGGGGUGGGAAGAAGUCAGCGGUUACGAUGAGGCCAUGAACCCCAUCCGGACCUACCAGGUGUGCAAUGUGCGGGAAGCCAACCAGAACAACUGGCUCCGGACUCAGUUCAUUCAGCGCCAGGACGUGCAACGCGUUUACGUGGAGCUGAAAUUCACUGUGCGGGACUGCAACAGCAUCCCCAACAUCCCGGGCUCCUGCAAAGAGACCUUCAACCUCUUCUAUUACGAGUCGGAUACAGACUCUGCUUCGGCCACCAGCCCCUUCUGGAUGGAGAACCCCUACAUCAAAGUGGAUACAAUUGCCCCCGAUGAGAGCUUUUCUAAGCUGGAGUCCGGCCGCAUGAACACCAAGGUCCGCAGUUUUGGGCCUCUCUCCAAGAACGGGUUUUACCUGGCCUUCCAGGAUCUGGGCGCCUGCAUGUCCCUCAUCUCUGUCCGGGCUUUCUAUAAGAAAUGCUCCAACACUAUUGCGGGCUUUGCCAUUUUUCCAGAGACCUUAACCGGGGCAGAGCCCACGUCCCUGGUCAUUGCUCCAGGGACGUGCAUCCCCAAUGCGGUGGAAGUGUCCGUGCCUCUGAAGCUGUACUGUAACGGAGAUGGGGAGUGGAUGGUACCGGUUGGGGCUUGUACGUGCGCUGCUGGAUACGAGCCGGCCAGUAAGGAUACCCAGUGCCAAGCCUGUGGUCCAGGGAGCUUCAAGUCAAAGCAAGGGGAAAAUGCCUGCUCCCCCUGCCCCCCCAACAGCAGGACAAGCUCCGGGGCGGCGACUCUCUGCUCCUGUCGGAAUGGCUUCUUCCGGGCAGAUGCAGACCCGGCGGACAGCGCCUGUACCAGCGUCCCCUCCGCUCCCCGUAGUGUCAUCUCCAACGUGAAUGAGACUUCACUGGUGCUAGAGUGGAGCGAGCCCCGGGACACCGGUGGCCGGGAUGACCUGCUCUACAAUGUCAUCUGCAAGAAAUGCAGCGUGGAGCGCCGGCUCUGCACCCGCUGCGAUGACAAUGUGGAGUUCGUGCCCCGCCAGCUCGGCCUCACUGAGCGCCACAUCUACAUCAGCAACCUCCUGGCGCACACCCAGUACACCUUCGAGGUCCAGGCCGUCAACGGCGUGUCCAGCAAGAGCCCCUACUCCCCCCAGUUCGCCUCAGUCAACAUCACCACCAAUCAGGCAGCCCCCUCGGCUGUUCCCACAAUGCAUCUGCACAGCAGCACCGGCAACAGCAUGACACUCUCUUGGGCCCCUCCGGAGAGACCCAAUGGGAUCAUCCUGGACUAUGAAAUCAAGUACUUCGAGAAGCAGGGCCAAAGCGACGGUAUCGCCAACACCGUCACCAGCCAGAAGAACAUGGUACGUCUAGACGGUCUGAAGGCCAACGCACUUUACACCGUGCAGGUCCGUGCACGCACCGUUGCUGGCUACGGCCUGUACAGCCUCCCGACCGAGUUCCAGACUUCUGCAGAGGACGGCUCCAGCGGGAAGAGCUUCCAGGAGCUGCCUCUCAUCGUGGGGUCAGCCACCGCCGGGCUGGUGUUCAUCAUUGUCGUGGUGGUGAUUGCUAUUGUCUGCUUCAGGAAGCAGAGGAGCAGCACGGACCCAGAGUACACAGAAAAACUGCAGCAGUAUGUCACUCCUGGGAUGAAGGUCUACAUUGACCCCUUCACCUACGAGGACCCCAAUGAGGCUGUCCGGGAGUUCGCCAAGGAGAUCGACAUCUCCUGUGUCAAGAUCGAGGAGGUGAUUGGAGCAGGGGAGUUUGGGGAGGUAUGCCGGGGCCGCCUGAAACUGCCGGGUCGGCGCGAGAUCUUCGUGGCCAUCAAGACUCUGAAGGUGGGUUACACGGAGCGACAACGCCGGGACUUCCUGAGCGAGGCCAGCAUCAUGGGGCAGUUCGAUCACCCCAACAUCAUCCAUCUGGAGGGCGUGGUGACCAAGAGCCGGCCCGUCAUGAUCGUCACAGAGUUCAUGGAGAACUGCGCCCUCGACUCCUUCCUCCGGCUGAAUGAUGGACAGUUCACAGUGAUCCAGCUGGUAGGGAUGCUGCGGGGCAUUGCAGCUGGCAUGAAGUACCUCUCUGAGAUGAACUAUGUGCACCGGGACUUGGCCGCCCGUAACAUCCUGGUUAACAGCAACUUGGUGUGCAAAGUGUCGGACUUUGGGCUCUCGCGCUUCCUGGAGGACGACCCCGCUGACCCCACCUACACCAGCUCACUGCGUGUCUUCCCACAGGGUGGUAAAAUCCCGAUCCGGUGGACGGCCCCUGAAGCCAUCGCCUACCGCAAGUUCACUUCAGCCAGCGACGUGUGGAGCUACGGCAUUGUCAUGUGGGAGGUGAUGUCGUACGGGGAGCGGCCGUACUGGGACAUGUCCAACCAGGAUGUGAUCAACGCUGUGGAGCAGGACUACCGCCUGCCACCACCCAUGGACUGCCCCACUGCUCUGCACCAGCUCAUGCUGGACUGCUGGGUGCGCGACCGCAACCUCCGGCCCAAGUUCGCCCAGAUUGUGAACACACUGGACAAGCUGAUCCGAAACGCAGCCAGCUUGAAGGUCAUCACCAGCGUCCAAUCAGGCGUGUCCCAGCCACUCCUGGACCGCACGGUCCCAGAUUACACCACCUUCACCACUGUGGGCGACUGGCUGGACGCCAUCAAAAUGGGACGGUACAAGGAGAACUUUGUCAACGCCGGCUUCGCCUCCUUCGACCUGGUGGCGCAGAUGACAGCAGAAGACCUGCUCAGGAUAGGGGUGACGCUGGCGGGCCAUCAGAAGAAGAUCCUCAGCAGCAUUCAGGACAUGAGGCUGCAAAUGAACCAGACGCUCCCAGUCCAGGUUUGACCGUGGCGAACUCUGGGAUCAGAACGGACUGGAGGGAAUCCUAAGGUUCCAGUUUGCGGUGCAGCCCGGCUUCCUGUUUUCCCCUUUGCGUGGAGCUCCUUGGCCUCCGACAGCCGUGCAGGAUGGGACGUCCUGCCCCGAAUCCCGAGGCGCUCGGGCCAAGAGGGAGACCAGCGGUUUGGUUUGGGUUUGGAAUAGUGAGCCGGCGAGGCGCGGAGUCUUCAUAUUGAAGAUGGAUUAUGGGACGGAGACCUCGCCCCCCUCUCCCCGUCCCGUCCCCACACCAGCGGCGCCAAGGGUCCGAGGGAUGCUCUGCUGCUUGGAUUUCCUUCACCCCAAGGUCACAAACUUUUGCUGACCCUGAAGUUCAUCCAGAAAGGCCUGUGGGGACAUGACAACAUGUGCUGGCCCUUUCUCAUGCUCUUGGCCCAGCCUGGAAGCGGUGAGGGGGGUGCAGGGAUCCAGGCUAAAGGAACAACGGAGCUGAAGGAACAGCGGUUCCCCACGGGGGCCCAGCCUGGCUUUCGCCUGUGCAGCCCAGACAAUCAUGUUCCCUCUUACUGGCGCCCCCCAUAUGCGGAUCUGCACUGGAGUGUGUCUGAAGCAGGGGGGUUGGCCUGUCUCGGCUCUGGCCUCCUGAACCCGAACCCAGCGAGAUUUACUAUGCAGGGAGUUGGAAGGCCCAACUCCGGAGCUCUCGUCCCUCGUGGCUUCCAUGGCCAGAUCCGGAUGGCAGAGGAAGGCCUUGGGCACAAGUUUGCACAGGGCCGCGAGGCAGCCGCGUGGGCUCCUGCCCCGGGGGGUGGAGCUGGGAGAGACGGGAUGGGGAGGGAAGGCCAAGCUGACUUGGAGAGCCUCUUUUUAUGCAGAAGGAGCAGGUCCUGUCAGAGCGCCGUCUCACCAGCACCUCUCCUGACACAUGCUGUGAUUUGCUGCCAAAAGACUUUUUUCCACACCCCCCCCCCCCUUCCUCCUCCUUUCUCUCUUUCCCUCUCUUGUUUCUCGGAUGCUAACAGCCUCUCGAGUGGAAGGGGGGACCCCCUAUCCGUGUGCGUGCGUGCGUGAGUGCUUGUGUACUGGCCGUCUGGACUGUGAGAGGGGGCGUGGGCAGAUUAAAGGCAAUAAGGAUUUUACUUGAGUUUCCUUCGCUUGAUCAGUCUCCCCUCCACCGCUGUCUAGGACCUGCGAGGUACCAGCUCCUGCCUUCCUCUGGACAGGGUUUGGCCCCCUCCUUCUGGUGGUCUCCCCUCCAGUCUGUAAAUACUGCAGGAGGCUGGCACAAGGGCUGACUUUUCUCCCCGAGCCCCCCGACCUGCACAGCAUGCUAUGUUGGUCCUGUAGGGUCAUGCCCACAGACCCCACCAGCUUCUCUCCUGCCCGCAGCGCUGGCUAGGCAGCUUUUCCCUACAGAGGCACCUGAUCCAUGCCAGGAGAGAGCCGGGUUGUGCUCCCCAGCCCCGUGGGGGAAGGAAGUAGCAGGAAGUGGGGCUCAGGCUUGGCCCAGGCUGAGCCCCAAAGAGAUGCAUGUAGUGCAAUAUAAGCAGCUGUUUGCUGACCCCUCCUCAUGCUAAGACCAAUGGGGGAACAUGCCCGGUGAGGCACAGGCAGGCCACAGCUGCCACGUAGCUGCCGCUGGAGAGCCCGAGGAGGGUGCUGUGUUGCGAGUGCCAGGAGCCCUGUGCUGUAGGCCCCAGCCCAAACUUGAGCUGAGAGCAGCCAGGCUGAUUGAGCUCACUCGGGCGUGAGUCAGGCUCCAGUCUCGCAACCUCUCGCGUGGCUAGCCCUCUUGCUUACAUGUUUCACCUGGGCUCCACCAGACCCCCCUCCGUCUUCUCCCGUCUUUCCCAUCAUUUGAGAACAGCAGUCCGCCAACAUCCCGGCAUUGCCUUGCGGCUGCUUCCCCCAUCUUGACAAAGGAGCAGGCCCAGGCGGAGGGUUGCAGCGGCCCGCACCCAUGAGUCACCCGUAGGGUUUGUGCCUGAUCCUUGGCCACCUCCCAGAAAAUGACAGCUGCCAAGAUGGCAGCUGGAGGGAUGGUGACUUCACACCUGGGAGACAGGGCCGGGAGCUUUGAGCUCAGUGACCUUUUAGGAAGCAAAGCGUUGCCCGGCAGGCUGAGCAGGAGCCUCCUGCCGCUGCCCGAGCCCCAGGAGCGCAGCCGUUAGGUGGCUCGUGCUGCAUGCAUGCACCGCUCCAUGUCGGCGGGUACUCUGCGCCCUUCCAUCUCUGAGCAGCCAGCCUCAUCGAGCCCACCGCUCGCUUCACCCGGCACUGGGGGCCACGAGCUGCUGGCUUGCCUCUUGCUGGGAACUCAUGGCCUGGCUCCCAUCCUGGCUCCCAUGCUCUCGUGCCCUAACCUUGGCCUCAUUGCUGAGGCAAGACGAUCCUCAAGCCGUCCUUGGGAAAAAUUGUUCCUCCCAUUGCUGCCAGGCAUAGCCUUUCGCUGUGGGCGCCAAUGGUUUCUCUGCACUUCUCUUCACAGCCGUUUUAGCCUGGCGGAUCCUCUGGGUCUGGUGACUUAAGUAACUAGAUGUGCUUUCCGACCUCUUUGGAUGGCAGGUCCCUUUCUGUGUAAAACAGAAGCUCCGGGAUCUUCCUUGUACCUUGUUGCACCUUUGCAGACGGUUCUCCUCUGAGCUCUUCCCUGCGCGUCGAAGACAGAUUGAGGCUUGGAUCAGGGCCUAACACAGCCCAGUCACUUGGCUCAUCUUGUGUCUGCCUUUUCCAGAUUUCUUGUCCUUCUGAUAAACUGCAUGCUCCAGCCCUCGGCCUGCCUUGCUUUGCCUUUCUCUUGGUUAAGUGGUGCUCUAUUAGCUUUUAAGCCUCUUCUCCCAUCAGUCAGCCAGGUGGUUGGCAUCCAGCCUUUCUGAGCCAGCUCUAGCCCACCGCCUUUCCCUAGAGAUCCAGUUGCACGGGUCUCAGUCCAAAGUCGAGUCCUGAAUUGGUACUUGAAGAAGAGGGGUGGGAAAGGUCCGUCUCCCUGGUACGAUGCCGCUGCUGUGACUUCGGUCAGGGUACGCUGUGUGGCACACCGCAAGUGCCCGUGUAAUUUGGGGGGUGGCUUUUUUUUUUCUCAAACCCCGGAGCUCCUUCCCUCAGGGUGUCUGUGCUGGACCCUCUGCAGUCCCAACCAGGCCUUGCUGUCAGCGUGGGCAACAGCUCACUCGGGACCCAGCAUUUUUCUCCACCGUGGCUGGUUUGGGAGAGAGGGAUGCUGCACGGCUUCAAUGGAGGAAGGUACCCGCUGCAGGGAAGCCCGGUGUUGCCUAGCAACAGGCUUCCCGGCAGCAUCCAUCAGCAUGUGGCACGGUGCUGGUCCUCUCCAAGACGGUGUGGAGCAUGCCUCCUGCUCCAUCCCCAUCCCAUCCCGUCGGGCGCUCUGCUUCGGGAGGACGAACCGAAGCCCCGCGGUGCCGCAGUUUGCAGCUGACAAACACAGCUUGGCUUUGUCCCUUUUGCUUCCAGGUGCUCUGGCACCAGCUGCUUUGGCAAUUAGGCAGGUGCUCGCAGGUCUUGAUCUUCCCCUGCGCCUCCUCUCUCUAGGAGCGGGUGCUGUUUGCUGCUUCCCGGUUCAAAGCACUUGCCUGUCCUCGGUGUUUUUGGAACUCCACACCGCAGGCGGCGAAACGGCUUUUGUUUGCUCUUCCACCAGCCGGGGGGAAUUCAGGUGGAAGAGGCGGGUAAACACUGGGAGGAAAACCAACAGCACGACCACAUGGGGUUUCCAGGCAGCCGUACGUGGUAGCAAGCCACCGUGUUGGAGUACAAGUCGGCACCAUACCCCCAGCAUAGGACGCUCUAGCAGAUAUGGGGGAUGCAGGGACCUGAAAUCCUCCUGCCUCCAGGAAGGCAACGGGGGAAUUCAGACUGGGGGGUGGGGGCAAGAAGUGAAGGCCUUCAGAGCUGUGGGGCACCUGUCUGGGGGACCCCCAAGGGCAGAGUGACCAAAGGGGGUGCGGGAAAAGCUGCAUCCAGAGGUGCUGCUCUUUCACCGUGCCCUCUGCUCCCGCUCUGUUUGCCUUGCUCCCAUGCAGAUCUACCCCCUUGCUGGUGUCUCCCAGCUGCAUGGCGCACGUGUUGCUCUGCAUCCGGUCUCCGUGGCACAGACCAUGGUAAUGCUUUCCCUGGUGCCUGGCAAUUCCUCUCUCCAGAGACCCCACAAGCACUGACCCACAUCCCUGCCCCCUGGCUUUCCCCCAAUCCUGCUGUUGCUUUUCUUUGCUCCACUGGGGCUUGCAUGUGCUGAGCGGUCUCAGUGCUGCUGUCUCUAGACUCCUGCCUUCUCUCCGGCUCUCUUUCCUGGGUGGCAGCGCCCUUCUCUGCCUGGUCCCUUCGUUCUUCUCUGUCCAUGGGCCCUUUCUCUUUUCUGGUCUUGCCUUCCACCAGCAAUGAGCUGUGGGCAGGAGGCCUUGUAGGCACCCUCUGCAUUCAGGUCAACCCCUUCUCUUGGGAGUAGCAUUUGUGCCCAAGGUUGGCCCAGGUGAUCUUCAAAGUCCUUUGCAGCCCUGUGAUACUGCAGUUCUUCCCCCAUUGCUGCAGCCAGCAGCUCUCUGUUCAGCCCCUUUGCCCCCAUGGUCUCCUGGAGCCUCUUGGAGUUGGCUGGGCAGUGAAUCACCUUGCUCCCGGGUUCACUCAGACCCUCUCCUACCCUCACCUCCAGAACCAGCCCGGUGCUUCCCCUGUGCACUCCUCUCCUUGCCACGGACUGUGCUUGCUCCUAUUAAUGAACUAGGCAGAAAUCACUUGCUCCCAGAGGCUCGAAAAGAAAAUAAGCAGCCCAGCCCUGUUCCUCUUCCGCUAAAUAGCCUGUGAGCUCACCUGCUUCAGAGGGGGCUAUGGUCUAAGCUGGGGAGUGAGUACCCCUAGCUUAUGGGAGAGCAUCUUAUCCCUACCUGGUACCCAGUGGAAGCUGUUAGGUAGGUGGAUGCCGUCCUUCAGAGCCAGGCUUGCCCCUUGGGGAAAGCAAGGAGGGGUUGGACUCCAUUUCCUGGACUACGGGCUGUUCCUCCCUUAGCUUCGUGCCCUGGUACCCAGCAGGCUCUCGGCCCUGGCCACAUGCCCCCGGGCAGCCCCAUCCCUGCACAGCUUGGUUUGCACCUACUUUGGCUCAGCGGCGGUCGCCCCGGGCGGCGGUGUCUCACCCCAGCUGGUUCUCAUGUACUGUACCUGCCACCGUUUUUUUUAUAUAUAUAUAUUGAGAUGUAUUUAAUGGUGAAAGGAGAAAAAAAGACAAAAAAAGAAAUGAUGCAAUCGUGCAUUUGUAGAAAUAUUUUUUAAAGAAAUACUUUUUUCAAUUAAAUUAUUUAAGAAAUUUUAUGGA